ACUUCAGCGAAACAGUUGUCCCGGAACAGCAGACAAGCUGUGCCGAAACUUUACAGGGAUGCUGCUGCCUUCCACCAAGCCAUGCUUCUGUUCUGCAGAUCAGAAGUGUUUUCAGACUAAUGCCACUAAAGCAGGAACACUCCUCUUGAUACUGGUAUUAAAUUUGCUUCUGUGGGAGAAUGUUGCCUCUUUGCCUGUGAAUGUCCGUGGAACUGGAAAUGGUCAAGUCUACCUCCAGGACCUGUUCAAUCAUGCCAUCAGGCUGUCUUAUAACAUCAGUGAACUCAAUAGGGAAAUGCGCAAGAUGUUUUUCGUCAGUGACUUCUCUUCAAACAAAUUCCUUAAAUUUAUGUUAGAAUUGAACAAGGAAGAGGAGAAUAUGCCCAAGAUGCUUGACAGCUGCCACACUCCUCCCAUCAACACCCCAAAGACAAUACAGGAAUCCCGAAAGUUAGCACUUGAAGACUUUCUGAUAAUAAUUUUGAAUCUAAUGGGAACGUGGAAAGAACCUCUACACUACCAAGUGACCAAACUCAGUGGUAUGCCAGGAGCCAAUGAAACUCUCAUGUCCACAGCAAAAAAUAUUGAGGCCCAGAGCAAAGAACUUCUAGAACUCACCAAAUGGAUACUCAAUAUGGUUCACCCUGGCAUUGAACAUGAGGACUAUGCUGAAUGGUCAGAUCUGAAGUCUUUGCAAGCCGCUGAUGAAGAAACUGGCCUCUCUGCUUUAUUUAAAUUGUCCUUCUGCUUGGGAAUUGACACGUACAUGGUUGACCUUAAUCUUAAAUACCUGAUAUGUGUGUUUGUUGGUGGCAAUACCUGCUCAUUCUCAAGGUUUAGAUAUGAUCCAUAUGAUCCAUUCUUUUGAUAAUUUGUUUUUUAUUUUGUACAUUUGAAAGCAUACAUUUGCACAGAGCAUAUCUUAUGCAUAAAAUAAAAUUGUAUAUUAAAUAAAAUAUUACAUUU